CGACCGCCGCAACUACAAACGCGUUUACCGAACUAAGCGCCAAGCCCAACAACCAAGUUAAGACGUCACCUGGCUAAUUCGUGGUGUUGACGCUAUACUUCAAUCCAGCGACGCAAUAGAUAUCUCACUUCCUCAUAUAUUUGCCACCUCUGGAUUCGGCCUCUCUAGGUUCGUGUAUUAUAAUUUGAUAAGGAGCAAGUUACACGUGGAUCAUCCGCCUUCGCUACAACCUCCCUCGACUACCAACAACUAACCAACCCACCUCCGACCAUCGUGCUUCUCGCACAGAAAUUGCCUGUCUUUUCCACCUGGAAGAACUCCAGACAUUUUAUCAAGUCCCAAUGAAAUAGCAUUACCUCUCUUCUAACAAUGGCUUCAAUAGACAAUACCUCCCUGUCCAAAGUAGAUGUUUUGUUCGCGGACCUCUUUGCUGAUUGGAGCACCCAUUCAACACUGAUAGCGUCACUCAUUGCUAUCUUUCUAGGGUACAAGAUUUUCUUUUCCAAGGAUCCUGAUGCUCAUCCCUUCUUUCUUGCCCGGCAAGCCGUCAGGGCGCCCAUCAGGUUGCCAGGAGAGUCCGCCGUUCUUCGCGCGCACGACGUUCCCCACGGCUACCCACUCAAGAGCGGACUGAACGUGAAGGACCCUGGCAAGCCAAAAUGGACUGCAGGACGCAAUGGCGAUCUCCGCGAUAUCUGGAGAGCGGCUCUCCGAGGAACCUUAGCCAGCGACGGAACACCAGCAGGGAAACAAGGGAAAUUCUAUACUGUGCUAGGGAAGGACGUUGUGGAGCAUAAGCUGGAUGAUAUCUCUCAGGAAAUCAAUAUUAUUGGCCAGUACAUAUAUGAAUCAAAGGCGCGAACAGUUGCUGUAUACCUCCCAGACUCUGUAGAGUCUCUCGCUGCUAUUUUUGCUGGCGCAUUUUACAACUUCAAAAUCGUGUUGAUUCCUCGUGUUGUGCCUUCCGAAAGGCUUGGUGCAUAUCUUGCUAUCUCAGGUGCCGACCUCCUCAUCGCCGAAGCUGGCACAUUGGAGUCGUCUGCAUUAUUGCAGGGAGUCCCGUCGCUCAGGAGUGCCAUCUGGGUUGCCAACCAUGGCAGCCGACAUAUGGAUUGGAGUCAAGUACCGGAAGGGAUUGGAGGUGAUAUCGAGGUAGCUGUGUGGCACGAGCUGGUCAAGGACAAGAAGGCUCUUGUAGGGACAGAGGUGCCAGCUACUGUUUCUGAAACCCCGCCACCCUCUAUUGUCACUUUCUGGGCCACCUCAGCCGACGCUGGAAACUUCUUCGAGUAUUCUCCUGCUCUGUUGGUGGCAGGUAUUGCUGGCGUGGGCUCCGUCCUUCCUCGGGGCCAACAACUAACAUCCUCGGACCUGGUUCUCUCCAUCGACUCCCUUACCCGCUCUUACCCUCUUUGCAUACUCCUCGCCGCAUUGUACGUGAAUGCAUCCGUCGCAUUCAACUCCGUCUCCGGCGAACAUGUUAACCUCGCCCUCGCAACAGCCGGCAUCUCUCCCACCAUCAUCAUUGCUUCCUCCGAAACAAUGCAAAAAUACCACACCGAAUAUAUGGCCCCUCAAAUAGGGCCGAUAGCCAAGUUUGGCCGCUUCAUGCAGCGGAGAUCUCUUGAUGCUGGUACAAUGCCGGGGCAGAACUUACUCACCAAGCUCGCCAACUUAGGUCCGACUGCAGAACUAUCUCUCGAAAAUCUUCGCCUUCUCUUCAUCUCUCAUCGCAUCGACGCAAAUCCAGAAUAUCAGCUUACCUCUGACCAAUUGACAGACUUGAGGGUGUUUACUGGGGCGCGUGUAUUAUAUGCACUGACUGCUCCGAACGUCGUCGGCGCGGUUAGCCAGACGAAUGCGUUUGAUUAUAGGAGACUACGCGGUCGUAGCCAUUUCGGAGCUCCGUUGAAUAGCAUUGAGAUAAAAUUGGUCCACGAUAAAGAGGAAGAUGCCAGUAAGGACGGAAGACUAGCUGACGGAAAGAUAUUUGUGGCUGGUCCCGCUGUCGUUGGAGGACAGUGUUUGUUGGAGGCCCGAGGAUACUUCAACGACGAUUGUACACUCUCACUAUCUUAAUAUGCCUCGUAGAGCAGUUUAUAUACUCAAGACUACUUUGAACUAAUACUAUAGCGAUGAGUCGGUUUCCUUGCUGCUAUUCUUAAAUUUAUUUUCUUGUCACAUCAUUUGGGAGUAUAUAACCUGGAUUGUUUUGGUUUAUUUUGACAACUGUGUACCUUGCUUAAACAAUGUCAGAGUAAAAAAUUACGUCAUCGAAUAAGAUUGGCUAACUACUCUAUCUAUACCUCGCACAAAACUAUAUUUAAAAAGAAGAAAAUAGGACAUUGCAAGAGGAAAAUGAACAAGUCUAGUACAUUGUUUUAUGGUACAGGUGUGUGGGCAUUUCCAAGACCCACGAUUCCCCCCUCCUCCUAUGCCCGUGUGCCAUCAGCCGGCGUUCCUAGUUCGUUUAACCGUUCCCUAAGAGCUUGGCUCAGCUUCUCAUCAUUCUUGAUUUCCUCCACUUGUAGGGCCAUCUCGAUUCCCUUUCGUACAGACGGAAGAUCCGUAACAUUCCGGACAUUCUUCUUCGGGUAUUUGAUUGUGUCGAACUUUCCUCUCAGCACCCACGUGCCCAGUAAUUUUUCAGCGUAUGAGCGGACAUCGCCUUGGGUAUCCUUGCCCUCGAAGGCGUCAAGAGCACGAGCAGCACUUAAUUCCAACAGAACAGCGAUAAUAUUUGGAUGUCGUCGUGGGUCCGGCUUCGUCUUAUCCACAGGCAUAUGGUCCUCCGCGUUCAUCAACAUGGCAACAUGCUUCGCCUGUUUUAGCGCCUUCUCGACUUCCGGGCCCUUAUAACCCGCCGACUCAGCUUUGAGAUGGAGGUUUGAGAAGAGCAGUUCCGUCAGCACGUAGUCACCGAGCGAGAAGCCCGUGCGGCGAGAUUGCUCUGCACAGUCGAUGAUGACAGAAUUCAUGCCCGCUUCGCCCGCCUUGCGCACGAUGAAUUCCCAGAGGAGGAAGUUAGGUUUGCGUUUUGAGCUGUACAAGCCCUUCAGCAGCGGGACGAGAGUGUACCAAUCCUCUGGCUCUUUCAUCAGCUCGACGAUACCGCGCACCGCGUUAUUGCUGGGCGUUUCGCUAAAUUUUAAUGGGCGUAGUCUGUAGGAUUCUUCAGUCUGCCCUUGAAGGGUAACGGUGAUAGGGUUCUGCUCAAGGGAUGUAGUGGCAUCUUCUUUGUAUAUGAGCCUCCGCUGGGCAGGGGUGAGGAAAGCGGGGAUAAAGACACGAUCGCGAAAUAGGGAGAGGAGUUCAUCGAGGUUUUUGGAGGAGGUCGGUUUGAACGUUGGGAUCCACGCUGUGAUAAUUAAAGGAUUAGUUUACUGGUAGUUUUGGCAGCAUUUGAAUGAUCGCGUUCGGUGUAGCACCUGCGGAG